AUGAAGGUGGCAUACAAAGGAGAUACCCGCGUAACGCAAGUCCGAGUACAAGCUUUCAGAAGAGAGUUUGAACAUAUGGAGAUGAAUGAAAAUGAGGGAGUUGUCGAGUUUAUAGCUCGAGUGCAGAAGAUGGUCAACCAACUCAGAAUGAAUGGAGAAGAGGUUCCUCCUAACCGGGUUGCGGAAAAGAUCUUUAGAAAUCUGACGAAUGAUUUUGAAAGUAUUGUGGUCACUAUUGAAGAGACAAAGGAUUUGUCAACUCUCACUGUGGAUGAAUUACUUAGAGCUGAGGUCCUGGCGACAGAUGGUGAGGAAGCUGAGGACGAGGUGGACGUGGCCGAGGCAGUUUUGAGAAUGAUAAUGAAGAGCAAACCGGUCAGCAGAAUUGGCGUGACCGAGGACAAGGAAAAGGUCGAGGAGAUCGGUCGAGGAGAUCGGUCAGGAGUGGAGUGUUUUAAGUGUGGCAAGUAUGGCCAUAAAGCAAACGAGUGUAGAUUAAGCAAUUGCUACAAUUGUGGUAAGGCAGGCCAUAUUGCAAAGUAUUGCAAGACCGAGACAAAGGGGGAGACGAAUCUCCUUAUUGAAGAUGCGGAAGAAGAGUGUGGAAUUUUGUUGAUGGCAAAGAGCUCGGAUGCAGUGGACAUGGAGAACCCAAUCCCAACAAUGGAUGAAGUGAUCUCGGUAAAGGAUGCAACAAUUGUGGAGAAGAAAAACUUGGAGAAAGAACUCAAACAAAAAGAUGAAGAGAUUCAGCGGAUAGGGAGGCUUCUAGAUGAAGCUAAUGAAAAGGAUGAUGAAGAUGUUAAAAAGAACCCAGUGAAGAAGUCGGCCAAGAUUGUUGAAAAAUCGCCAAAGGUCGGAAACGAGUUGGUCAAGGUUAUUGAGAAGUCGGGCAUAACAAAGUCAGUCAGAGGAUUAAAGAGGUCAACCAAGGUAAAAGGCAGGAGGGCAAUAAGGAAAAAUAAGAAGUCAAAUCUGAUUGAAAGAAGCAAACUCAGUGUGGGAUGA